AUGGCCUCCAGUGGUGGCAUUCGUCUGCCGAACCGUCUUCCGCUGCUGCUGAGUCACGAGGGGGUGCUUCUGCCCGGCUCAACCGUCCGUUUUAGCGUGGACUCCCCGCGAAACAUGCACCUGGUGAGCCAGCGGCUGCUGCGGGGGACCUCGCUGAAAAGCACCAUCAUAGGAGUGAUCCCCAACACGAGAGACCCGGAGCGAGACUCCGACGAGCUGCCCGCCUUACACAAAAUCGGCACCGCAGGGAUAGCCGUGCAGGUCGUGGGCAGCAACUGGCCGAAGCCCCACUACACACUCCUCAUCACCGGCUUGUGCCGCUUUAGUGUGUCCAGUGUGCUGAAGGAACGGCCCUUUGUCCUGGCAGAGGUGGAGCAGUUGGAUAAACUGGAACAGUACACAAGCCCAACAAGAGAUGGUGAUACAGCAGAGGGUGAAGAGCUGGGUGAGCUGUCCCAGAGGUUCUACCAGGCCGCUGUACAGUUGUUGGGUAUGUUGGACAUGUCCGUUCCAGUUGUGGCAAAGUUCAGGCGCCUGUUGGACAACCUUCCCCGGGAAACUCUCCCUGAUGUGGUCGCCUCCAUGAUUCGCACGUCGAACAAAGAAAAGCUACAGGUCCUUGAUGCGGUGAGUUUGGAGGAGCGCUUUAAGAAGGCUCUGCCCAUGUUGACCAGACAGAUUGAGGGGCUGAAACUGCUGCAGAAAACCAGGAAGAUGAGUCCUGAUAAUGAAAACAGGGUCUUAUCGGUGAGAAAGGGUGGGGUGUUCCCGGGCCGGCAGUUCAGCCUGAAUGAGGAGGAUGGAGAUGACGAUGGAGAUGACACCACGUCAUUGGAGAGGAAGGUCCAUGCGGCCAACAUGCCUGAAGCUGCACUUAGAGUCUGUCUGAAAGAGCUCAAGAGAUUGAAGAAGAUGCCCCAGUCCAUGCCUGAGUAUGCCCUCACCAGGAACUAUUUGGACCUCAUGGUGGAGCUGCCGUGGAGUAAAAGCACCAAAGACUGCUUAGACAUCCGAGCUGCCCGCACUCUACUGGACAACGACCACUAUGCCAUGGACAAGCUGAAGAGACGUGUGCUAGAGUACCUCGCUGUUCGACAGCUCAAGACUUCACUCAAGGGCCCCAUUCUCUGCUUUGUGGGGCCCCCAGGCGUCGGAAAGACCAGUGUGGGACGCUCCAUUGCCAGGACUCUGGGCAGAGAGUUCCACCGCAUUGCUCUCGGGGGUGUCUGUGACCAGUCCGACAUACGAGGACACAGACGGACGUAUGUGGGCAGCAUGCCUGGCCGUAUCAUCAACGGAUUGAAGACGGUGGGUGUCAAUAAUCCUGUCUUCCUCCUGGACGAGGUGGACAAACUGGGGAAGAGCCUACAAGGAGACCCUGCAGCUGCUCUGCUGGAGGUCCUGGACCCAGAGCAGAACCACAGCUUCACAGAUCAUUAUCUCAAUGUGGCCUUUGACCUGUCCCAAGUGCUUUUCAUUGCCACUGCAAACUCCACAGCCACCAUCCCCCCAGCCCUGCUGGACCGGAUGGAGGUACUGCAGGUACCAGGCUAUACACAGGAGGAGAAAGUGGAGAUAGCCCAUCGCCACCUGAUCCCAAACCAGCUGGAGCAGCAUGGAUUAACACCUCAGCAGCUGCAUAUACCACAGGACACCACCCAGGGCAUAAUUAGCAGGUACACCCGCGAGGCAGGUGUGCGCUCUCUGGAGAGGAAAAUAGGAGCCAUCUGCCGAGCUGUUGCUGUGAAAGUCGCCGAAGGUCACAAAGUUACGGGGGGCGACGCACAGGCUCCAACACAGCAGGACAGAGUAGUGCCUCCAGAGAUGCCCAUCGUGAUUGACCACAUUGCCCUGAAGGACAUCUUGGGACCUCCAGUGUUUGAGAUGGAGGUGUCUGAGAGGCUCACGCUGCCUGGCGUGGCCCUGGGCCUCGCCUGGACCCCCCUUGGAGGGGAGAUUAUGUUUGUAGAGGCCAGUCGCAUGGAGGGAGAAGGUCAGCUCACGCUGACUGGUCAGCUGGGGGAUGUUAUGAAGGAGUCUGCACAUCUGGCCAUCAGCUGGCUCCGAGCAAACGCUAAAACCUACCAGCUCACCAACUUGGUUGGGGGUCCUGAUCCUUUAGAAGGGACCGACAUCCACCUCCACUUCCCUGCUGGAGCUGUCACCAAGGAUGGCCCCUCUGCGGGCGUUACCAUGGUGACCUGCCUAGCCUCACUGUUUAGUGGACGGUUAGUCAGAUCAGAUGUUGCCAUGACAGGAGAGAUCACAUUAAGAGGAUUGGUGCUGCCAGUAGGCGGAAUCAAAGACAAGGUCCUGGCGGCCCAUAGGGCAGGAGUGAAGCGUGUCAUUCUCCCAAAACGUAAUGAGAAAGACUUGGAGGAGCUCCCAGCCAACGUCCGCGCUGACCUCGACUUCGUCACCACCAGAGACCUGGACGAGGUUCUGAACGCUGCGUUUGAGGGAGGGUUUCCAGGGUCUGACAGUGUGCAUACACACCCCCAGCUCAGCAGCAAACUGUAAAUAUCUCAUAUGAAGCAACAGCAGCCUACUAACAGGUGACCAGAUGUGGCUUAUAGCAGUGCUGGUCUGUGUUCUGUGUCAGGCAUCUGUCAGUAGUGUAGCAGUGAAACCACAUCACUUAAUCAUUUAGUCUGAUUUAAGGUUCAGCUAUAAUGUUGGUGCUAAAACGUGUCAACGGCAGCAAAAACGAAAGCAUUCAGUAUUUUGAAGGUCACUGUGGAUGCUGUUCAGCUGUGACCUCAGCUUGAUUUGACCACUUGUAGUUUAUAACAAGCGGAUUUCAGAUAAGUUGUGGAUGAUUUAGGAGUUAUUAGAAAUGAAGGCAUUGAAUAAGGGAAGGUUUGCUCUUAGCUAAAAGAGGCCAGGUUCAGGUUUGACCGGUUUAAAUCACAUUUAGAAGUAAGUGCCCUUUCUCCUCAUCUCUUCAUGUGACAAUGGUAGUGAAAAGUAAUCACAGAACAAAGAUCUAAAUACAAAUCAUACUGUUAGUUAACUGAUACUUAUAUGUAAUUGAUUGUAAUUGUAAUUGCUGAUAAUAACUAAAAUCUUAACUUCUUAAUACAAUAAAGCCUUUUUAAAUGUAA